AUGAAGCCAAGUUUCAUUUGUCUCUUCUUCCUCCUCCUCCUCCUCCUCUGUUUCUUACACUGCGUGGCUUUCGGCGCGGUGAGGCAGAGAGAUGCACUGAACAAGUUCUACUUUAACAACGGAGCAAGGAGGUCUUCUUCUUCAUCUUCUUCUUCUUCUUCAUGGGCGAGCAGUCUUCUUUCGGUAUCCGGCCAGAAGUCGAAGGUCUACGACAAUAGCAGGCUGAAGGAGGGGGAAAAGGUUGUUCGGCUACCUGGCCAGCCGGAAGGGGUGAAUUUCGAUCAGUACGCUGGGUAUGUCACAGUCGACAGAGCCAACGGACGGGCUUUGUUUUACUACUUUGUCGAGGCUGCCAAGAACAGCGGGUCGAAUCCUAUUGUGCUCUGGCUCAAUGGAGGGCCAGGGUGUUCGUCACUGGGGUACGGCGCCAUGGAGGAGCUCGGGCCGUUUCGGGUCAUGAGCGACGGCAAAACUCUGUACAGGAAUCCCUACGCUUGGAACGAAGUGGCGAAUGUCUUGUUCCUAGAGAGCCCUGCCGGCGUCGUCUUCUCCUACUCCAACACCACGUCGGACUACGCUAGGAGUGGAGACCGUAGGACGGCGACCGACGCGCUGGUUUUCCUCGUCAACUGGUUCGAGCGGUUCCCGGAGUAUAAGGGGAGGGACUUCUUCAUCACCGGCGAGAGCUACGCCGGCCACUACGUCCCCCAGCUCGCCCACGCCAUACUCAACCACAAAGAUCGCCUCAUCAACCUCAAAGGCAUCGCGAUUGAGAAUUUUGAUCCUUGUACUUCUAAUUACGUGGAGGCAUACCUUAACAAUCUUGAGGUACAGAAAGCUCUACAUGCCAAUAUCACAAAGCUCAAUUACACAUGGUCUGGUUGUAGCGGUGACUUUGAUGGAGUAGUUCCUGUUACUUCCACAAGAUACUCUCUCAAGAAGCUAAAGCUUAAAGUGAAGGCUCCAUGGAGAGCUUGGAUGCUUAACAGUGAGGUUGGGGGAUAUACUGUGGUGUAUGAUCACAAUUUGACAUUUACCACUAUUCGAGGAGCCGGACAUGAAGUUCCAAGUUAUCAGCCAGCUCGAGCUCUGGAGAUGAUCAAGAGUUUUCUUCAAGGGCUGCAUCUACCUACUAUUUAA